AGGUCAAAGCCAGCUCUUGACCAUGCUGCAGUUGUGGAGAAUGUAUGAGAGCAGUGCCAAAAAACUAUCAACAUGUCUUGGCUUUCCUAUUUGCCGUGAAGGAGGUAAAUGAUGACCCCAAAGUUUUACCAAAUGUCAGCCUGGGAUUCCAUAUUUAUGACAGCUACUUCAAUGCAAAAAUGACUUAUCAGAACACCUUGAAUGUUCUCUUUAAUUUGAAAAAGAUCAUACCUAACUACAGCUGUGAUACUGAGAAGAAUUUGAUAGCUGUUAUUGGGGGACUUGAUUCUGAAACUUCUUUCUAUAUAGCCAACUUCUUAAGCAUCUACAAGAUUCCACAGCUUCACCCUUUUCUGAGGAGCAUCUCAUUCAACAACAGUGCUGGGGACACCAUUUAUUUUAAUGAGAAAAACGAACUAGCUGCUGGAUUUGAUAUUACAAACUGGAUUACUUUCCCAAACAAAUCCUUCAUAAGAGUGAAAUUGGGAAGGAUGGAUCCACACGCUUCACCAGGCGCCGAGUUCACCAUUAAUGAAAGCAUCAUCACAUGGCACAAGAAUUUUAAUCAGGCCCUGCCACUUGCCGUGUGUAAUGACAACUGCUAUCCAGGCUACAGCAGAAAAAGGAAGGAGGACAAGCCGUUUUGCUGCUAUGAUUGUGCUCCAUGUCCAGUAGGGAAGAUUUCAGACCAGAGUGAUAUGAAUGAGUGUGUCACAUGUCCAGAACAUCUGUAUCCAAAGAGGGACAGGACUCAAUGCCUUCCUAAGAUUCUAAACUUCCUGUCUUACGAUGAACCUUUGGGCAUCACUUUAGCUUUCUUGGCACUGUUUUUGUCUCUGAUCACGUCUGUGGUGCUUGGAAUCUUCAUUAGGUUCCAGAACACCCCCAUUGUCAAAGCCAACAAUAGGAAUCUCACCUACUCUCUGCUUAUUUCUCUCCUGCUCUGUUUUCUCUGCUCCUUGCUGUUCAUAGGCCAACCUCAGACACUGACCUGCCUCCUACGGCAAACAGCUUUUGGCCUCACCUUCUCUGUGGCAGUUUCUUCUGUGUUGGCCAAAACCACCACUGUGGUUCUCGCAUUCAUGGCUAGUAAGCCAGGAGGCAAAACGAGGAAAUGGCUAGGGAAAAAACUGGCGAACUCAGUUGUUCUUUCUUGUUCUAUUUUUCAAGCAGGGAUUUGUAUGCUGUGGUUAGUCACAGCUCCUCCGUCUACAUAUUUGGACAUGCACUCUCUAGUUGAAGAAAUCGUAGUGGAAUGUAACGAAGGGUCUGUGACUAUGUUUUACUGUGUUCUGGGCUAUUUGGGAUUAAUGGCACUAGUAACCUUUGUUGUGGCUUUCUUUGCAAGGAAGCUGCCCAACACAUUUAACGAAGCCAAAUUCAUCACUUUUAGCAUGCUGUUAUUUUGCAGUGUUUGGGUGACCUUUGUGCCAACCUACUUGAGCACCAAGGGAAAAUAUAUUGUGUCUGUAGAGAUCUUUUCUAUCCUGGCUUCCAGUGCAGGAUUACUGGGUUGUAUUUUCUUUCCAAAAUGCUAUAUAAUAAUUCUCAGGCCCGAGCUGAAUAGCAAGGACCAAAUGUUAGUAAGAAAUAAGUAAGCAUAUCUAUAAUGGUUAAAGCAGAAGUCCUGCUGUUGA